AUGACGGUUGUACGAAUAUAUUGGCCGACAAACGCGCUGGCUCAUGAUUCUCCGGCUGUGGCCAUUGGCUGGCGAAAUGGACCAGAGGACUUGGUGGUGGUCACGACGCUUCCACGCGUCGCUCCGGCCGUGGCUGCGUCUUUGCUGGCCUCAGACGCUCUGCUAGCCAACUACCACCUGCCUCCCGAGCAAAUCUAUUCCAUCUGUGGGGUCUCCAGGUUAUCUGUUCUUGGGACAGUCAACAUGGAAAAGCCAGACUUGCAGGGGGAUCCUGCAUUAUUCUCAGCAGAAAUCAAAGCCGACUCAAAGUACCCUGUGCUUCACUAUUGCCCAGAUCACACAUAUGCACAGGUCAUUUUGUUUGAUCCGCCACUAUCAUACAGAUUGCAAUACUUUGCACUUCAUCCUCCUUCUCUAGAGCUCCCAGAAAAGGCUUCGUUCACUGUCAUUUCAGAGCAACUGGAAAAGUCACUAGUGGACCAGGAGCUCGAAACACAAGAGCUUUGCGCGCGAGUCAAGAGCCACGCUGAGUAUUCUCAACAAGAUCUUGAUAACCGCUCACGUAUUUUACACAACUGCAUUGCACAGCUUAAUACAUGUCGGGAUUUAGGAGCUGCAUUACGGAAACAAUCCACAUCACAAGUCUUGGAGAACCGGCCACAACAUUGGCAAGGCCCACGAGCAAUUUCGAGGUUUCUCAGCCGUCUUUUAAUAUACAUUGUCUGUGGUCUCCGGCUUUGUGCUGAAACAGCGCUGGUCUUGAUAGAAUGGCGACCAACGUCUCCCCAAGGCCAUUGGCAUGCAUUCAAGGAGCUCUCAGCAACUGCACAGCAGAUUGAUCUCCGAUUGCAACAGUUUUGUUACUGGCCCGUACAAUAUCUGCGGAUCAGACAGCAGUCUCAAGACUGGACACGAAACUAUGCUGCAUUUAACGUUGAAUACGUUUUGUUUUACAAUAGCAUCUGGCUUAUUAUUAACGACGUAAUCAUCGGAAUUACCAUGGCAAAACUUCUGCUUGAGUUCCGAGUAGACGUGUGCCAGCAAUUAUCUCGUGUUGUUGAUUUGCUAACCCUCGAUUUUGAGCGGACCAUUCUAUGGCUCAUGGAUUGGCCUGGAGGUCUUAAACUCAAUAAUGAACUAGCUGCAUUUUUCGGCGGACUUUUCAUUUGGGUUGUUCAGUUUUGGCGAGUUGCCCUAACUCUGCUAAGACCAUUUUUUUCAUCCAUGGUUCUCGUCGUUGCCUACUCUGGAUUUGGCGGUGCAACACUUUUACUUUCACUCGUCUCAGACCUUGUGUCUCUGGCAACAGCCCAUGUUUACGCCUUUUACCUGGCCUCGGGCCGCAUCUACCACUGGCAACUAACAGUGCUGCGCUCGCUUUUUCAUCUUUUCCGUGGGAAAAAACGCAACGUGUUGCGAAACCGUGUCGACUCGUGCACUUAUGAACUGGACCAGUUGCUCAUGGGUACUAUCUUUUUCACCUCUUUGAUAUUUCUAUUGCCAACUGUCUUGGUAUUCUACUUGACUUUUGCUGCUUGCCGAUUCGGCAUUAUUCUCGUCAAUGCCCUGCUGGAAUCAUGCCUGGCAUACUUAAAUCAUUUCCCAUUAUUUGCAAUUAUGCUUUACUUUAAAGAUUAUAAGCGAUUACCUGGUGGAAUAUCAUUUGUUCCUGUCGACACCAUAGCAUCUGUCAACAGUACAACAACAAACUAUGUUUACCUGAAACCUCGACCAUUGCCAUUUUCCACAAUUUUUUUCCAAUACCGGCUACUCUAUUCACGAAUUCGCUUUUGGUAUCUUUCAUUUCCCGUCAUUAUCCGGUUGCUAUCGGGUCAGUUUGUCCCCAUCCAGCGGUCACAGCUUUAUGCCCUGCUCUACUCUAAGCUGCCUAAAGAACGUGUCCCUACCACAAAAUUGUAUCAGGAUUUAUUAGCUCAAUUAUAG